ACUGUCAGGAGUUGCCACGCCUCCGUCUGUUAUAUUGGGGAUAAGCAAAAAAGCGGAAAAACAUUAUGAAUCUGACACUUGUGAACACAUUUACGCAGCAGAAUGACACACGCCAACAAGACUGAGAAGUUUGGGAUUCAUCAACCAGAUCUCAAAGAGUUGUGUCAGGUGCUGAAGUUGGGACUGAAUAGGAAUUUUGCUGAUGUUAAAGUAUCUGUCACCGACUGUCCAGAUCUCACACAAGAGCCUUUUAGGUUUCCUGUUAAAGGUCUGUGUGGAAAACCUCGCAUUACUGAUGUUGGAGGUGUACCGUAUUUGUUUCCUCUGGUCCAAGAGGACAAGGUGUACAACAUGAACACUGUGUCUAAGGAGAUAGAGCUGCCUGGUGCAUUUAUGCUUGGUGCCGGUGCCGUCUCCUUCAAAACAGUUGGGAUGAAUGGAGAGUUAAUGCCUCUGGUGCUGACUGAAGCUGAGGGGAGACCUGUGGUGAAUGGUAGUUAUUUCUCCUCCAUCAACCCAGCGGAUGGAAAAUGUCUGCAUGGGAAAUACAGCGAGAGGUUCGAUGACUGUGACUUUGGCCUUCUUGCAAACCUCUAUGCAUGUGAGGGUAAACCUGGAAAGGUCAUUGAGGUGAGAGCUUGCAGAAGGACAGGAGAGGACAGUCUUGUGAAAUCUAUGCGAAAGGCCAUGGAAGAACAUUAUAAGGAGAAAUGUGUUGCACUGGGGGGAACUUUCAUCAUACAAAAAGGGAAGGCAAAGAUCCACGUCAUGCCACCUGAAUUCUCCUCCUGCCCCCUGAAGACGAAUGAGGAUGUUGACAAAUGGCUGAGAUAUUUUGAAGUCAGUGCACCAUUUAUCUGUCAAACUGUUAUGGUGUCCAAAGACCCAGGUCUUGACCUGAGAGUGGAGCAUACUCAUGGCUUCAGUCAUCAUGGUGAAGGAGGUCAUUACUACAUAGACACCACACCAGACACAGUGGAGUACCUGGGAUAUUUCCUCCCCGCUGAGUUCAUCUACCGAAUCGACCGCCCUACUGAGACACACAAUGUUGGAAGAGAUUAAACUGUUAACUAUUUAGAUUGAAAUUAGUUUAUUGUACUGUGGAGACAUUUUUUAUUAUUGAUUACCACUACAGUUAAAUAAAUACAUUUAAGUCCAUGCUAAAUCAUCAUUUACUUAACUUUACUUUUGUAGUGCCUUAUCUAUAUACAGUAGAUAUGUUCCUAUGCUUAUUAGUUUUGGUUGUUGGCUGCAAUGAUCUACAAUAUGUGGUGUAGUCAUAAUUCCAGAUUACAGACAGCAUCUCACCAAUAAAACCCAAAACAUUAAUUACUUUUAAAAACAAUACAAUCCCCAUUAUAACCAUAAAAUCCAUUAGAAUUUC